AGGUGGACAUUCUGAAGGUCACUUUGGAGUCGCUCAAAGGUCGUCAAUAAAUUACAGGGUCAAGGAAAAUCCGAAAAAUUGAAGAAUUUGUUUAUGAGAGAAAAUCUCCACAUAAAUUCAGUUAUUUGAUGAACACGCCUACAAACUCGAUCAAUCUGACUCCAUUGUUGCAUAAUGUCUUCUUUUCAAUAUGAUGAAUUCAUCUACAAGCUGGUCGCUUUGAAUGACGUGAAAACUGCUAGGCAAAAUACAAAACGAGAAAACCCUCAAUUCAAUCUAUCUCCCGUGCUUUCAACUGAAUCUUCACUAUAUGAAAGGUUGUAGUUGUAAUGAAUAAGAGUACACGAAACCGACCUUUACUUGUCUUUUGCCAUUGUUCACCUCUUAGCCGUUGCCCAUAUUCCAACUCUGUUUGUGUAUCGUCAACAGGAUGUUUUCAUUCAUUGCAUUUGGAUUUAUCACUAACAUAUGUGGAUGAUGAGUCGUAUGGGUGUUUUUCAAAUAAUACAAAUCAGGUUGACUUACUCUGUCGAAAUUCAAAGGUUGGUAGACAAUUGUUAUAUUGUUGUUCUCCAGAUGAUGGGGAUUUAUGCAAUCGGAACUCGAGUUUGCUAGAAUUAAUCAGUCCUAUGCGAAUGAAUGCUCAUGCCUUUACAUGGAAAUCUAUUUUGACAGCAGUGUUGUUCUCUACCUUUGCACUGUUUUGUGGGCUUCUAGCGAUCAUGCUUUUUUGGAAGUGCUUUUUAAAAAAACGAAUAGAAAAAUACGAUCGCUAUGUCAAUGAACUUAGCUACAAACGUCCCAGCUUCACUACAGAUGUCUACAAUUAUCUAGUAAAACUCAAUGAAGAACAGUUUUCGAAUCGUAAGUUAUCAUCUUAUGUCUCACCCAGAAUUGGAAAUAAUCUUUCUUCAAAAAAUUUGCAUAAUCCUGAUCCUUCGUGUGAACUUAUUAGCUGCACUAGUGGAAGUGGAAGCGGUCUUCCGUUCCUUGUUCAGAGAACUGUGGCACGUCAUAUUAGAUUGACAAUGUGUAUAGGGAAAGGACGAUUUGGUGAAGUUUGGAAAGCUACAUGUCAAGGUGAAACCGUUGCUGUUAAGAUUUUUUCUAGUCGUGAUGAAGCCAGCUGGGCUCGUGAAACAGAAGUUUACAACACUGGGUUAUUGCGUCAUCCUAAUCUCCUGGCGUAUUAUGCUAGCGACAUGAUAUCAAGAGGUGGGUGCACUCAGCUCUGGUUAAUUACAGCGUAUCACGCUAACGGAUCUUUACAUGACUUCAUCAGUCACAGAUCAUUAAAACUACAGGAUGGUUUGCGUCUGGCCAGCUCCAUUGCAGCAGGCUUAGCAUUUUUGCAUACAGAAAUAAAAGGAUUACAUGCUAAGCCUUCUAUUGCACACCGUGAUCUCAAAUCGAAGAAUGUUCUUGUUAUGAGUGAUAUGACUGCAUGUAUAGCUGACUUGGGUCUUGCCCUUGUGAAUUUACAAAGUCUCCCAGUCGGACAAGCCUUCCUCAAUUUAUCUUCCUCAAUGCUAUCUAGUGGUGUUAUGUCUAGCGGUAUAACUCAAUCAGACAGAUUGUGCAGUGGACUUUCUGGUCCUUCUUCUUUAGGUCCUCCUCCUGCCGGACCUAGGGUUGGUACUAAACGUUACAUGGCACCUGAGUUACUUAUGGCGAUUGAUAUAACACACACAUCAUCUAACUGCGGCAACAAUACGUCAUGUAUAACUAAUGAAAGUAUUGAUAGUCCAAACAGAAGUCACCAUUUGCGAUUUGAAGUUUACCAAGCUGCAGAUAUUUAUGCGAUGGCCCUAGUGUUUUGGGAAUUAGCACGAUGCACUCAGGGAAUAACAUCUGAUUUUGUUGAAGGAUAUCAGGUUUGUACAUUGACUUUUCCAUACUUUGAUAUUCACUAUUAUUAAAGGCAUUUUUUCUGUUUAUCUUACUAAUAUGAAAAUUAUAUAUUGUAAAUUAGUGCUGUCGUAAGUAUAUGAAUUUCAGACCGUAAUUAUUGACAGAGUAAAGUGUUCUAUAGUUCAAUAUUUUUACUCGUGUGCAAAAAGUUCUAAAGCACCAAAGAUAUUGAAGGAUAAUAGUUCCUUAGAAUUUGAGAGGAAAGUCUGCUUUUCAAAUAAUCAGCAAACUAUGUUUUAUCAAAGGGGAUCAUAUUGAUUUAUUCGGUUUCGUGUGACUCACAUUUUCGCAGAUCUUUUUUAUUUAAAUUAUUUAUUUAUUUAAACACAAAUAUUGGUGCAAAGGGGUACCAAAUACAUAUGCGCCACACAAGUCACUUGAUUUGUGUGAUAUAUGACACUGCCCGGAUGCCCAAACCGAAGUAGGUAGUUUUCUUAGGAGGCCACACCCGGAGUCUUAGACCUAAAGGUUUGAUCCACGAGGCAGUGGAGUAGCGUCAGUAGAUACAGUCCCAUGGCAAUCGGUUACCAAUGAGUGGUUCAUAUGCCAAUUGUUCCCUCAGGAUCCUGUAUGGUUUGGAAUCAGGGUUUUCCAACUCCUUUAGGUGGAUCCUCUGCACCCACCACCCCGGUUAAAGUGCCGGACAUUCGUUUUCAUCCUCUCAAUCUCGUAAACAACACCCCCAUCGCGAAAACGCAGUGAGGACUUCCCUGGCAGUGGUUGUACACACGUAGCCAUAAGAGAGCAUUUCGAAGAGAGCUGACUCCCCCACCCUUAGCCGCACCAGUGCAUUCUGUAUCAUCAGUUUGAGUAUUUUUGUUGAUAUAAUCCCUAAACUGAUGAAUUUUAUUAUUUCUAAGUUCUUGUUUUGACUGUUAUUAUUGAUGUUAUCAGAUCUUUUAAUCGAGUCAUAUGAUUUAUUAAGGCUCGUAUACUAGUGAAAAUCCACGAAAUUUUACAUUUUUGUUACGUUAUGCUCUAGAUAGCACUACGGUGAUUCGAAGUUAAGGGUACAUCACUGUGUUGCAUCAUCUCUAGGACCCCAACCAGGGAGUCGUGAAGGAUCGACAGAAGCCAGUCCGCUACAGCUUUCUUUCAUAUCAUGGCACUUUAUUAUUAAUGGCUUUAUUCAAGGCCAUCCUGCACUUCGUCAUGUUUGAACAUGUUGACAGACAUUUGUUAUGUCUGAACGGCUUAAUAUGAUUUCUAAAUUUUUAAUGAACUGGUCGCUUAUGGUGCAUAAAAUUGUUAAGCUCCGAGGAUAGUAAACCCUGUGUGUUAUGACAUCAAGUAAUUGCCAACAACCCAGCAACGUUUAUUAGUAAUUUUUUAUGAUUCCUUAUAAUCUUUUCUACAGAUACCAUUCUACGACAUGGUCCCUCCUGAUCCAACUUUCUCACAGAUGAGGGAUAUUGUUUGUGGCAAUAGUUUGACCAUAAGUGAUGAUCAACCGAACCAAUUGAACAGGAAUAGCUCAAGUAUAAACACUAAAUCCCCCAAGACAAGUCCAGAUUACGACAAUGUUCAUUGUAGGCCUCGCAUCUACCAGCGUUGGUUAGAUGACACCUAUCUAUCCUGCUAUGCACAGGUGAUACAAGAAUGUUGGCAUGAUGAUUGGUCUGUACGCCUUUCUGCUCUUCGUGUUCGUAAACGUCUGGGACAGAUCGAAGAUGCAGUUAGGCAAUCAUUGGUCAGAAAAAGAGGAGAGAACAUUCCUUCUAAUGUAAAUGAGUUAUCAGUACUCCUGACCGAGGACCCAGAAACUUUGGCUUGAUUUUCACAUUUUCUGAUAUAUCGAAGCUUAUCUUUGAAAUUUGCAUUUAAUUUUAGUGUUGUAACUUCCUAAAUAUUUUCACUUAAUAGGUAAUUUAAUAAUUCAAAUG